AUGCCUCUCCCAUCUAAAUACGAAGCUCCAGAGGACCCAAUGUACCAAUCUCUAGCGAUCCCCAUGGACGCCGACGAAGCCUGGGACGCGGAUGACGAGGACUCCUGUUCUACAGCUUACGACUCUAGCUCAGAUACUGCCGGCGAUGCCUUUGACUUUUUGCCUCUCUCGAUUGCACUAGGCUCGCGACAAGAAACCCGCCGCUUAUUUCAUUUCACCGUCCGCCGUGACGAAUAUAAGUCUCUAAAAGCCAAGGGUACGUCUGAUGGCUGGAUUGAUGUCUCACACUUUCUCUGGACCAUGUGCGCUACACUCGCAGAUGCAGGUACCGAUCGGGAAUGGACGGCGGCAUUCGAGAAAUGGCGACCGCAGUGGAAGAAGGUCCAGGCGCAGGUGAAGACCUUCGGAUACACUCAGUUUUCAUCGGAGAUCCCUCAUGCCCCGGUUGAUCUUGCUUUGGUCCAGUUCUUUGGAUCCCCGUCUAACAAGAAGGCCAGGGAGUUUGAGAUCGAGCAAGAUGGCCCGGAUCGUGGCUCUGGUUCUCAGGAUAUCUGGACCCUCUGGCGAUAUAUUGUUGAGACACCUGCAGACCAGGUCAAAGAGUUCCAUGUUACCCUUAGAGAUACUGCGAAGCUCGUUGGUCCUCGGUAG